CGCCGACGAGCAGAACGACGUAUUGCAACGAUGUCCGACGAUGUGUUCGCUGCAAUGGGUAUCUCGGGCUUUGGCAAGGCGUCGAAGAAGAAACAGCUCGACCCCUCGAGAUUUGACAAGAAUAAGCGAGAUGAUACCGUCAUGGCAGAGCCAGUGAAGCAGGCCGCAGAGGCUGCCGCACCUACUCAAGGUCUCUCUGCGGCGCCACAGUCCGCUAGCGCAUCUCCCACCCCUGGCCCCUCCGCACAACUAGACAACGAUCACCAGGAAAAUGUCGACGAACCGGAAUACGAUCCUGAAGAGGAAUACGCCGACGACGCACCUCAGUUCCCCAUCACCCACGAAGUCAUCUUGAAGGACCACACGAAGGUCGUCUCAGCCUUGGCGCUCGAUCCCUCUGGCGCCCGUGUCCUGUCCGGUUCGCAUGACUACGAUUGCAAGCUAUGGGAUUUCGGUGGAAUGGAUUUGCGCUGUAAGCCCUUCAAAAGCUGGGAACCAGCAGGCACUUAUUAUGUCCACGACGUCAAGUAUUCCAACGAUGGACAGCGCUUCCUGGUUGCGUCGGGCACGAUGCAGGCACGCCUCUUCGACAGGGAGGGCGAGGAGCUCGCUGCAUUCAUCAAGGGGGAUCCUUACAUCCGCGAUAUGAAGAACACAUCUGGACAUGUCAGCGAAAUCUACAACGUCGUCUGGCACCCGAAGGAGCCGAAUACUUUCAUCACCAGCUCCGCCGACUCGACAAUCAGGAUAUGGGAUACCGAAAACAAGCGCAAGCAGAAGGCCGUCAUCGUUGUCAAGUCUAAGGAGCGCGGCGCACGUACAAAGGUAACUGCUUGCUGUUACUCGCCAGACGGCAAGCAAAUUGGCGGAGCUUGUUACGACGGCGCCAUUCACAUAUGGAACGCCAACUCCAACUUUGUACGGCCGAACUUGUCGGUUGAGGGAGCCCAUGCGAAGGGCGUCGAAAUAUGCUCCAUGGUGUUCUCCGUCGACGGUCGGACAGUCUUGACUCGCGGAAUGGAUGACACCGUCAAACUGUGGGACACUCGGGAUUUCAAGAAGCCCAUAGCGACGAGGAGCGGCGUAACAACUCUGUACCCGCAAACCAACGCGAUUUUCAGCCCGGACGACAAGUACGUUGUGACGGGCGCAGCGGCCUCAACAAAAGGCGGUAAAGGUCAACUCUUGUUCUUGUCCAAGGCAAACCUCGAGAUCGUCAAGACGCUCGAAGUGAACUCGACGCCGGUCAAGGUCGUCUGGCACUCGAAGAUCAACCAGAUUCUAGUCGGCUUAUCGAGUGGCGAGAUACAGGUGCUGUACUCGCCCACGACCUCGCUCAAUGGCGCGAAGCUGCUGUUGAACAAGGGCCUGCCGCGCAAGGUGACGGUGGAGGACAUGUCCGACAUGGCCACGGCGCCGACCAUCCUCACGCCGCAUGCGUUGCCGAUGUUCCGCGAUGGUGAUGGGAUCAUCCGCGGGACCAAGAGGAAAGCGGAGAAAGACAGACAGGAUCCAAGGAAGAGCAGGCGUCCUGAGCUCCCCAUUACGGGGCCCGGAAAGGGUGGGCGCGUGGGCGCAAGCGCGACGCAACACGUGGUCCAGAACCUCAUUCGGGACAGCACCCGAGACGAAGACCCUCGCGAAGCCCUCCUCAAGUACGCGGAAGCUGGCGCGAAGGAUCCCAAGUGGACUGCAGCCUGGUCGGUCAACCAGCCCAAGCCUGUGUUUGCGGACGUCCCGGAGGAGGAAGACGAGGAAGAAAAGUAGAUAUAUGUGUGUAUUUCUUAGCACGCCCUGGGGAGGGCAGCCUGGGCAGCGAGCAGGCAGCCGCAAACGCGCCUUGGUCGCAAAGCCGAGAUCUGAACUUAAAUUUAUUUGGAUCCCGUAUAAAAGGAGCCGGCGUCCCG